AUGAUAAAAGACAAAGUACUCGUGUUUCGAUUUGGUCCAUCAGCAUGUAAAUAUUCAGGUGGUAUUGAUCCCGAUAAUGACCGCUGUCAUGAAGAUAAUGUGAGAAUAGAAACUCUACCAGUAGAAUGUUCAGAUUUACUUUAUGAUGGAAUAAAAAUUGACGAUAAUUUUUUAAUUAGCCCUACCUAUUUUCCAACUGAUAUAGAUCGUAUUAAAGAUCUAAUUGAAAACAGCCCUAGUGUGUUUUUAUAUUAUAAUCACCAAGACAUACAAGCUUGGUUUAAGGCAGUUGAUCCCGAAAACACUUUAAAAGAAGCUCAAAAAUUGAAAGAAUUUAUUAGCAUGUUUCCUGUGUCAGGUUUGAUUCUGAAAGAAAUAAAUUACCAUUAUGAACUUAAUUUAGAUUAUAAUGUUCCUGACAACUUUUAUACAAAUUUAGCAAAUUAUGUGACAACUAUAAAAAAUGAAAUACCAAAUUUGUCAAUUGGGUUGUAUUUAGAAGCAAAAAGUAUGAUAUUUUAUAGCACUACGACUACUUCAACGAUUUCGAAUUGGUUUAAUUUUACAACAUUAAAUGAAGUUAUGGAUUUAUAUCUAUUUGGAUUUAAAGAUUUUAAUGAAUGCAAUUCUAAUUUUUUAAAUGGUGGAAUUACUCCUUUGGAUUCACCAGAUCCAACAGAUCCAAGUAUUAAUACCUUAAGUCAACUUGGAAUUGCUUUAAGCGAAUCAACCAUUUCGAAGGACAUAGUUUAUUUAGAAUAUUUAAUAAAUCCUUCGGUGAAUAAACAAGAUGAAAUGAAUUUUUUACCUUGUGAAAUAUCUUAUAACGAGUACUGUGAAAAUCCUGAUUAUAAAUAUACAUGGUGUGCUGACAAUGAAGUAACAUUCUUCGAAAAAGGUAAAUUUGCUGCCGAAUAUGCAGCUGGAUUUGUAGGAAAAGAUAUAGAUUUAGUGGAUCGUGAUUUAAAAUGUGAAUGUGAUGAAGAUAAAUUUAUAACGUUUCAUAUGAUAUUAAAUGGACUUACUGGAUUGGAAAUGAAGAAAUGCGGGAAAAUAAAUGGUAGCUAA